UUUCUUCAACAUAGGGUAACAUUUCUAACUUGUAUCCUCAUCCUGAAAGAAAAACCCUAAUAUCAACAUUCAUUUAUCCAUCCAUACUCCUCAAAUCAAAAUGUCAGAAAAUAUACCUAUAGAAAUUCAAGCAGAAAUCCUGAAUAGACUUCCUGUAAAGCCACUAAUCCAAUUCAGAUCUGGAUCCAAAUCAUACAAAAGUUUGAUCGACAGCCCCGAUUUUAUAGUUUCUUACGCUGUUCGUCGCCCUCAGCCCGAUGAUCGUUUCAUUUCAAGGUGCCUUAAGGUUUAUCAUCGCAAAAACUCGUGUUUUGAAUUCGGUAAGAAUAGAGACGCUCCUUCUUUGGAAUCCUAUAAUAAGGAAAUCUUAUCUUGUUCGGAAAAUGAAAAGCGUCAAGUUUUUACGUUGAGCACUGGGUCUUGGAGUGUUCUGUCUACCAAUUUUCCCCGCGAAUCAAUUAGACAUCAAGGGUAUCAGGUUGUUAUUGAUAUUUUGAUCAUGUCGUUUGAUUUGACUGCUAAAGAAUUUGAAGAGAUAAAGCUCCCUAAUAGUUUAACAAACCAGUUUUGUAUGUCUAUAUCUAAGCUACGGGAGUCUCUUGUUUUGCUUGCACACCAUGGAAAGUUUGAGGAAGAUGUAUCAGGUUGUCGUUUUUGUCUUUGGAUGAUGAAGGAGCUAGGUGUUAGUAGAUCGUUUACAAAGCUAUACACCAUUAACUAGCUACCAGAUGCCUCAAUAAUCCAAAUACUAGGAUUUACAAAGACUGGUGAAGUAAUAAUGGAAAUGCGACAAAAUUUGAAAUGUAAUACCGAAGUCUCAAUUUACAAUCCCAACUCAGAAGCCAUUGAUAAUCUUGGGAUUGAUGGAGUAGAAUAUGACUUUUUUGUGUGUUCAUAUUUGGAAACACUGCGUUUACUUGAUCAUUGAUCAGUAACUAGUAACAAAAAUAUGGCUGCUUGUUAUUA